CUUGCCGCACAACAUGGGCCUCACUCGACCUUUGCUGCUCAUCGAGAUCCUUGUGCUAAUCCUGGUGUGUCUUGUCCUGGUGGUGUUCCUGGUAUGGUUGGUCCUGUUCCUGGUGCUAAAGGUUUCCCAAAGACAAUUCCCCCUCAGUUACAUCCUCAGCAUAAACCUGGUCCUGCUGGUGCUGUCGGUUCUCAUGAUGCUUAUGGUAUGCCUCUUUCACCUCAACUUAAUGGUGGUAAUAUUUUGCCAGGAGUUGUUGUUGGUCAACGUGGUGUGCCUCCUGUGACUAAUAAGCAUGAGAAACAUCCUGACGAAUCCAAGGGUAUUACUAAAGGUGAUAAUGGUAAUGUUGUUACUGAGAAGAAAGAGGAUAAGAUGGCAAAAGUGGUGGAAGGAGAAUUGGGUGAAAGUUCACAAGGUCAUGCUCUUGGGAAUAAACGUCAACCAGAAACUGUUCUAUCUCCUGUUUCUCCUGUAAAAGGUGUUAGUAUCAGUCAGCCUAGUGAUGACAGGGCACAGAAAAAGGAAAUAGAUUCUUCUAACAGCAACCACAAAGGUGGUUCAGUUCUGAUUGGUUCUGAAGGACAACAAGAACAGAUAAAGGAAACCACACAAGAUCUUCAACAAGAAAACCACAAUACAAAACCAAAUGUCACAGGUACAACAAGUACAGAAUCCCAUGUUACUACUGACUCAAAACCACAUCCUACUACAGAUGCAUCACCUAGUGAAAUAACUCAAUCUGGUCUAUCUACUGAUGAUUCAAACACACUAAGUAACACGAGCACAGAGCCCAACAGUACCGCUGAUAAUGUGACAACGGCGGAGAAUGAAUCAACAAAUGGUGUCAAUACUCUGCGUGCAUCAGCAGAAGGGAACACCACAGCGAACACGACCUCUGUUACUCUCAAUACCACCAGUAACGAGGACUCAACCUCACCUACCACCAACACCAAUACAAUUCCUACAAUCCCUGGAUUCGGCAAUAACACCAUAAUACCAAAUUUGAGGGGUGAUGCAGACAGCAGCAGUAUCAGCAGUUCUGUGUGGGUGCGUGUGCCACUACUGAUUGUGGUUACACUGGCCUGUAUUCUUGUGUGCUGA